AUGAUGAAGACAUUUGAGAUGACCGACCUUGGGUUGAUGAACUAUUUCCUCGGUAUAGAGGUGAAACAACAAGAAGACGGCAUAUUUAUCUCUCAAAAGAAAUAUAUUGAAGCCCUAUUGAAGAAGUUCAAGAUGUAUGAUUGUAAACCUGUCGCUACUCCAUUGGUGGUAAAUGAGAAACUACAAAAAGAUGAUGGAGCACAAGAAACAGAUGCAUCACGCUACAGAAGUUUGAUUGGAAGUCUCUUAUAUGUCACAGCCACAAGACCAGACAUUAUGUAUGCCACAAGUCUUCUAUCAAGAUUCAUGCAAAAGCCAAGUCAGAUUCAUUAUGGAGUAGGGAAAAGAAUUUUAAGAUAUCUACAAGGCACAAAAGAGUUUGGAAUAUGGUACAAAACCAUGACUAACUCAAGGAUCAUUGGCUACACCGAUAGUGAUUGGGCAGGAUCAAUAGAUGACAUGAAGAGCACCUCAGGCUAUGCUUUCUCGCUUGGAUCGGGAAUAUUCUCUUGGGCAUCAAAGAAGCAAGCAACUGUUGCACAAUCAACAGCUGAAGCAGAAUAUGUGGCUGCUGCUGAAGCAACAAGUCAAGCUAUAUGGCUUCGAAAGAUAUUCAAAGAUAUGGGAGAGAAACAAAGUGGACCUACUACAAUCAACUGUGAUAAUAAAUCAGCUAUCGCAAUGACGAAGAACCCAAUACAUCAUAGUAGAACAAAACACAUAGCAAUUAAAUACCACUUCAUCAGAGAAGCGGAAACAAAUAUGAAGAUACGACUUGAAUUUGUGUUAGAUACGUGUCGACGUCUGAAAGAGAAAAAGUCAUACAUGGUAUACACUGCUGUGGGCUGCCAUGGGAUCUCUGCAUUAAGCGAUCUUGUCAGUGAGGAAUAUAAACUACCGUAUCAACAUGUUGAAUUGGUGGCUUUAAAGAAGUGGAAUGAGUUGAUGAAUUAUGAUCAAGUGAGACUUGUGCCUACAAAAUAUGUUUAG